AGCCCAGAGCGCACAGAGGGAAAGGAGAGAGAGAGAGAGAGAGAGGGCAACAAAAAGUGGAGAGAGGUUUAUUUUACGCACGGGGGAAACAGGAGAGCGAGUUAAGGAAAGAAGCGUUGGAUUCUUUUUAUCUUUUUCUUUUUUUUCUUUUUCUUUGCCCUCCACUAAAUUCGGCUCCGUCUUCACUCCCAUGACUCCGAGGGGAUUCCAGUUGAAUUCAGCUCGACGGGAGGAAUUGAUGGUGUCUCUUCGGGGGAGCAGAGCCGAGGGGAGCAACCUGAGCGCGCUCGGCUGAACCGCACCAUGCCGGCCCUGUGGACCCUAACUUUGGCGAUCACUUUGAACCAAGCUUGGUGCGUUCGCUUCUCCCAGGAGCCCGCGGACCAGUCGGUGGUGCUGGGGGAACGGGUGGUGCUGUCCUGCGUGGUCUUCAACUACAGCGGCAUCGUCCAGUGGACCAAGGACGGCCUGGCCCUCGGCGUCGGCGAGGGUCUGCGAGCAGCCUGGCCCAGGUAUCGUGUGCAGCGGGCGCUGGACACCGGCCAGUACAACUUGGAGAUCUCCCACGCCGAGCUGUCCGAUGACUCGCUGUACGAGUGUCAGGCCACGGAGGCCGCGCUGCGCUCCAGGAGGGCCAAGCUCAAUGUGCUCAUCCCCCCCGAGGACCCGGUGGUCGACGGGUCCCCGGAGCUGCUGCUGAUGGCCGGCACUCCGUACAACCUGACCUGCGUGACCCGCGGGGCCAAGCCCGCGGCUCACAUCCAGUGGACCAAGGACGGAGUCGCUGUGGAGGGAGCCUACCAGUCCACGGAGGUGCUGCCGGACCGGAAGAGGGUGACGACCAGGAGCUACCUGCCCAUCUCGCCGGUCGACUCGGACAGCGGCAGCAACUUCACCUGUGUGGCAAGCAACCCGGCAGUGCCCAUGGGCAAACGGGCCAACAUCGCCCUCAAUGUCCACCAUCAACCCACAGUGACCCUGUCCAUUGAGCCUCGCUCUGUCCUGGAGGGCGAGAGAGUCACCUUCACCUGCCAGGCCACCGCCAACCCCCCCAUCAUGGGCUACAGGUGGGCCAAAGGUGGCGUGCUGCUGGAGGGAGCCAGGGAGAGCGUGUUUGUCACCACGGCGGACCACUCCUUCUUCACGGAGCCCGUGUCCUGUCAGGUGUUCAACGCCGUGGGGAACACCAACGUCAGCAUCCUGGUGGACGUGCACUUCGGCCCGAUACUGGUGGUGGAGCCGAGGCCAGUCACAGUGGACGUGGACUCCGACGUCACACUUAACUGCAAGUGGUCUGGGAACCCUCCUCUCACCCUCACCUGGACCAAAAAGGGCUCCAGCAUGGUGCUCAGCAACAACAACCAGCUGUACCUGAAGUCGGUGAGCCAGGCGGAUGCGGGUCAAUAUGUCUGCAAGGCCAUCGUCCCGCGGAUCGGAGUGGGAGAGACCGAGGUUACGCUCACUGUCAACGGUCCCCCCAUCAUCUCCAGUGAUGCGGUCCAGUACGCUGUCAGAGGGGAGAGAGGAGAGAUCAAGUGUUACAUCGCCAGCACCCCCCCGCCUGAUAAGAUCGUCUGGGCGUGGAAGGAGAAUGUGUGGGAGAAAGAGAAGGGCACCUUGAUGGAGAGGUACACCGUGGAGCAGAGCAAGCCUCCGUCCCAGGGCGGAGCCGUCCUCUCCACGCUCACCAUCAACAACGUCAUGGAGUCCGACUUCCACUCGCCGUACAACUGCACCGCCUGGAACGCCUUCGGACCGGGCACCAUGAUCAUCACCCUGGAGGAGACGGAUAUUGUUCCAGUGGGAAUUAUCGCCGGUGGUACUGUGGGCUCCUCCAUUCUGCUGCUGAUGUUUCUCCUGGCACUCGCCUUCUUCCUCUACCGCCAACGCAAAGGCAGUCGCCGGGGUGUCACCCUCGGUAAGCCCGACAUCAAGGUGGAGACGGUGAACAAAGAGACCCACAGCCUGGAGGAGGAGGCGGCCAACGUCUCCACGGCAACCAGAAUGGUCAAGGCCAUGUACUCCUUUUUGCCCUCUGUUUCCCUCUCUCCCUCCACUCAGCCGUUCAAAGACGACAUGGACCUGAAGCAGGAGGUCCGGAGCGAGAGCGACACCCGCGAGGAGUACGAGCUCAAGGAUCCAACCAACGGCUACUACAACGUCCGAGCCACCACCCACGAGGAGGCGCGGCCCCAGUCCCGUGCCAUCCACUACCAGGGAGAGUUCCGCUCCCCGAACCCCAACAGCGGCCCCGCCGGCGCCACGUGCGGCGGACCCUCAGCUGCCCCCGGCGCCGCGGUUCCCCCCAGCGCGGUGCCGGGCUCAAGGACAGGCUGCUAUGACCCCCGGCCGCCUUCCAGGAUCUCCCACGCCACCUACGCCCAGUUCAACACUUUCUCCCGGCCGCCGCCGAGCCAGCAGGUACCUCCCAAUCCGGCCAUCCAGUCGCCCGGAGAUUACCCCGGAGACUGCGGCAUGCUGGACGGCUCAACCCAGCUGGCCUAUGACAACUACGGCUACCCCUCCCAGUAUCCCAGCUACCGCCAAAUGGGCUUCGCUCCGCCCAUAGAGGAAGGGCCAGCCUAUGAGAUGUAUCCAACGGGACAAGGGCCAGGACCAGGGCCAGGACCAGGGCCAGGACUAGGGCCAGGGCCAGGGCCAGGGCCAGGACCAGGACCAGGGCCAGGACCGGCACAACAAAGUCCUGAAACGGGGCUGGGGAAUUAUGGAAGCUCCACUCGCUAUUCGUACUCGUCUCCACCCUCUGACUAUUCCCAGAGACACACACAGCGGAUGCAGACUCACGUGUAAGAACAUGUACACUCACACGCUUCUGGCAAAAAUCCCCACGUUUCUUUACGUGAACAUUCAAGAACCUGUUUUUCUUUCUCCAUAGCUAACAGUGCAUGGCACUUGGGUGAAUUCGCGAAACCGACAACGUCACAAGACAAAAAAAAAAACACAGCGAGUCCGCGGCAUCGCGUAAACCACAGGUAGCAGCAAUACAUAGGACACACGCAGAGCGACGGUCACACACACACGCACACGUUUGCGCGGGCCCUCCGCCGCGUGCAGCGUUCAUGCUUCGACAAAAGGCAGCGGCGUGCCACAAUCAGGAGGAGAGGCGCCAGAGAGGAGCGAGCACUUUGAGGACGGGAAGAAGACGAGCGCCAAGAGCUUGAGGGGGAGCAGCAAAAGAUAAAAAGAAGACAUCCUCCCCGCGACCCGCAUUUUUCCCCGCCACGCGUCUUCCCUCCGACCUCAUCCCUGUAAAUAAGUGCACACUUCAGAUUUGGAUCAUUUUAACAGUUCUUUCCUUGUACAAACCUAUACGGUGUGAUGCAGUGCCGUGACCUCAAGCAGACCUCCGUGUUGUCCACACGUUGUCGCGUUGCCUGACUCACAUAUACGACACACACACGCAGAUCCUUUUUCCAUGUAUUGCAGCAAUGGGGCAGCUUGGACUAUUACUACAUCUGGCACUUUGUGAUCCUCUAUCCCCACUUUUUUACAAGAUCUACCUUGAGUUCGGUGGGACGGAGCUUCCGAAGGGGGGGGGGUACAGUGAGCGCCCAGAGUGCCAAGGCUCAUGUGCCAACGCGCACGCGGACUUUUAGCGAGGUGUGUCUGUCUUUUGUAAAGUGCACGAUGAGAUGCUCCGGACGACGGCGGUUUCGCGGAAGGGGAACGGAGUGGUAGCAAGCAUCUCGGUAAACUCCGCCUCCUCCUCGUCCUCGUCUCUCAUUUUUAUCGCCAUGAUACAUUUCUUUACUUCACAGUUCACUCGAGGUCAACGCCGUAAACAGCAUUCGUGAAGCGCAAGUGUGGCUUUCUGCAUUUUGUACAAAAGAAGAAAAAAUACCUCCCCUUAUCCUCAAGUGUCAAAAAAAGGAUUUGUUUCUCUCACUUGCACAGUAGAAUAGAUUUUUUUUUUUUCCCUCCUCCAUAUUUAUACCGAGAACCGUGUUGGGGGGAAAAAAUAGCAUUACAUUUUAUAGUAUUUUUAUAAGGAGUUGUGGACCAAAGGUUCAGGGGUCAUUGGGUGCGGCGCGCUUUUUAAUGUGUACGUUACUGGAAACCUUCUGAGUUUCCUCGAAGAGAGACGGAUUGGUAUUUUUCAAGCGGAUGUUGUAGACGCAAAUUAGAAAAUUUUUAAAAGGGUUUAUUCCAAAAUGGUGACUAUCCGCAGCCGGAAGGGGAAUCUCUUGCGUUGGACAUAUCCCUGUUCCGGAGUGAAACUCUUCCUUUUUGACUUCCGGUCUUCUGACUGGACUGCCUUUUUUUUUCUUUUCUUUUUUUUUAAACGACGACGACAUUCAAGAUGGCGGAUGGAGAACGAGCUGCUGCUCCCUCCGAGCUGUGCCGGAGACACUUUGUGAGCGGUGAGACGGUUCAAGUGCAGUUCAACAUAUCAAGACGGAUGGUACGGCGGGUUCUCUCCAGCUCAUGCGGUACUUUGUACGUGUACGUGUAAGUAUGCUGGUUUCCUCACGGCAGCAAAAAAAAACAAACUUUGGUGGUAUUUUGUGUCGGCGAUUUGUGGUUUUUUCCUCAUUGUGUCGUGUCAUCUUUGGUUUGUGUGACCACACGGGUCCUGAUAAUCUCUUUUGGCUCCAACGUCUGCCCAUGCGGCUGUUAAAUCUCCAAUUACCCUAAACGUUUCCCUCAAAAGAAGAAAUCAGAUUUGUAACACUUGUUCCCUUAAAACAUAAACGUUAAGUUGCUUUGCUUGCUUUCCCAAUGGUGAAUGAGAAUUCACAGCAUGAGCAGUUGACAAAAGGCCGGCCGAUUGUAAUUUGAACAAUGUGGAUUAUUAUCUCUAUUACGUCGAGUGCAAAGUGUGAAUUAUCCAAUGAGAGGUUCCAUUGUCCUGACGUUGUUUUUCAGACAUGUAUUUGACUUGUGGAGAAUUUCGACCCUUUUACAAGUAGAACCUUUUUUUUUUCCUUUUUCUUCAAACACAGAUAACCAAUUGGCUGUUGGCAAAAAAAAAAUCAUACUUGGCCAACAGAGAGUUCUCUGACAAAAUUAUUGUGCUCCCUGUUACUCGCUUAUAAUUCUAUCCUCAAUGUGAAAACCUGAGUCUUAAAAGCAGCUGCUGAAACGCGGUCGGUGAAAGAGAGAGUUGUUGAAGUGGUCCGCCCACCGAGCUCUGAAUUCAACCUCUUUCAUCGCGCCGUCUCAGAACUCCACCUUUUCGACGGUGACAGUCGUUCUUUAAAUUAGACUUCACAGCUGCAGCAGCGUUCUCCUACCAGGUACUGAACUUGAGAUUACGAGGUUCCCUUCACUAAUGCGGCGCCGUAAGUACGUAACGCGCCACGUACUAUCGCUUCAACGUGGACAUUUUUUAGAACUCUUCCUGAAGGCGCGUUUGCUUUAUCAGACAGACAAAGUGAUGGGCUGAAUUCGACAAAGAGGCACCCACUUGUAGGGCUGGGCAAUAUGGCCUAUAAAUAAUAUUGCAAUAUAUUUUUGUUAUAUCGCGAUAUAUAUAUAUAUAUUUUUUGGCACUUCAUACAUGCACAAUUUAACCCUUUGACGCAUAAAUCACACCAGUAUGAUGAUUCUAGUCGUCCCCUGAUUACCCAUGUCUGUAUUAAAACGUUCUUAAAUCCUAAUUAUAUCCAUUAACGGUUUCUAUUGGGGACCAUUUUAAACUUCAAAGCUUGUGCCGGCGCCUUUAAAACAAUUCGUAGUCGCGGUAAUCGCGAUGUGGUCAUUCAAUACAUCUCAUGUGCAACGGGCCGCGAUACUCUGAACACAUUCGAGAGACCGCCCAACCCCUGACCACUUGUAUCUGCACAACAGCUCCUUCGAGCAGUCAGAAAUGAUCGCCGCCGAGAUGGCGCCUUGCGGGAAGAUCAUAGGCCGCAGGGUGAAAGCCAGAAAGCUUAGCACCUUCGGCAAGUAAUCAUCGAGUCUGUGCACUUGUGAGCCGCCCUAUCAACGCCUCGCAGAUACAGUAUAUUAUGGUAAUUUGGUGCGAAGGGGGCAGUAAAAGAAAUCCUAUUUAUUGCCCCUAUUUUGAAUAAACACUUUGAGAAAAGGAAACCGGAGCCGCAUCAUUUCUGAUUAGAAUAUCAGAUGGAGCCUUGUAGCUUCAAGGUCACUAUAUAAAGCCGCCGCUGCAGUUAUGGAGAGAAGAAUGGCAGAUGGAGCAGCCUUUUAAAUUUAUAUGGUUAUCACAGCCUUGGCACUGCAUACUAUUACCUCUUUACAACCUUUUUACGGAGUUGCGGCGGUGCAGCGGCCUACUUUGCAUCCGACUUGCAAUGUCCUCACGACCUUGUGCAGAGCGAGAGCGUUUGACACGGAGGAGGCGCUGAGGCCAACAGAUACACGGCCGGGUCGACCCGGGUACCGAGUCGUUUCCCCCCUGAGCUAUUUACGGCCUGUCGACAGUGCAUCCAUAUCAAUUUAUACGGAAGACGCCAUGUAGAUGCCAAAAGUGCAAGCUGGAUGUUUUUGAUUUGGCAGUGAGAAUGAAAUGUGGUUUUUUUUUUUCGGAAAGGGAAUGUAGAAGUGUUUACUUCACGUCUUUUUUGUCAUUUUUCUUUUUUCCCGCCUCUCACCUCAGUGUGUACCGACACUCCUUGCUCUCUGUACUCUCUCCUGUGCCAUAUGAAAAGCAGCUUCCAAACUUAGAGGAUAAAAAAAAAAAAAAAAAAAAUCACCGCAAACCUUUCUCUCGUAGCUUUCUUCCAAAACGUCUUCGAGAGCAAUCGAGCGUGUACAAAUGUGUGUGUGUGUGUGUGUUGAGGAUCUUAUUUUACAAACGAUAUAUAUCUAUAUAUAUAUAUAUAUAUAGCUUCGUGAACUCACGGCAUCCAUCCUCUGUAUCAGUUCACGAUCUCCGUUCUUUCUCUGAAAAUCUGUGUUUUGAAAGUUGCCUUUCCUCGGGAUUACUCUGUGGCGUUACGUCACCAGCGGAAGGAACGAAAAAGAGUGUGCUUAAACUUUUUAUGCACAGUAUUUUUAUUUGAUCUUGUACGCAUCGACUAAGGUGGUGGUGGGGGGGGGUCAUGAUGAAUCAACCCCCCCCCCCGAGCGAAGAAGGAGAAGAAACAGAGAAAAGAGAGAGAGAGUGGACUUCUGUGCAUCUGUGGCCAAAGUGACUGCUCUUCCAGGCCACAAAGAAAAUAGCUCAAAACUCCGUCUCAACUAGGCCAACCGGGCCUAGAACCAGGCCAGGCCCCACCAGCCAACUGCUCUGAUCCGCGCCGCGCGGGCCAACAGUGGCCCGUGUGGCUCGGAGUCCAUUUUUAACCUUUUGGAGGGUUUUUCUUUUUCGAGGGCGCCAAAAGAACACGAACCGAGCAGACGGACGGAUGCAGCAGCCAUGUGUGUUUAUUGUGUCUAUGUAUGCGAGUGUGUGUUUGAGAGUGUGUGUGUGUGUGUGUGUGUGUGUGUGUGCGCGCGCUUCUAAGUGCGUAUUUCCAUACGCGCGCAUCGUCGCCUGUGAACGUUGCAUGUGCGUCGGCAGCAGUGUGUGUUUUUUCGCGCCAUUGCACGUCUCUGUGGGGACCAGCGGGGCGCGGGAAAAUCCGGGUUCGACUGAUGACGCUUCAUGGAAUCGGAAAAUCCGAUCCGGUCAACCAGUCGCGUCGCCACCUGCUGGCACGACGGAGUCUCCUCCUGAGGAAAAAGCAAUAACACGUUGAUGUUUACAUUAGUGUAAUACUGAAGUUCAAUCAUUUUGGAGAAAAUAUUCAUAAUUUAAAGUCAAAGAUAUAAUCCUGAAGACUUCCAAUGAUCUCAAGGGGGUAUUUAUGUGGCCGAUAUAGAAAUCUGUGAUUGUCUACGUACUGUACAUCUUAUCUUCACACAGUAUUAGUCCGUCCGUUCGAAAUCGUCUGCACAUAAACGAGGAAAGACAAGGACGAGUGCCAACACACACCUCAUUUAAUGUGGAAGAUAACAGUGAAGACUGACGGCUGCCUUCUUUAGUCUUCUUCAAAAAAUGAAUAAAACUCAGAUCAGCAGAAAAUUAAAACUAUGUCAGAAUCGAUAAUGUAAAAAAACAAAAUCACCCAAUGAGUGUGAUUAGAUUAAGGCGGACACGGAUGCAGCGGCCGCUCUUUCCCAUUACAUAACACGUUUUAAGUCGGCCUCUCACCCAAUGGUUCACCACGAAGACGUUCAUAAAUAUUUCCCCCCUUAUUAUCAAAACUGCACUUGUGAAUAUCAAGAGGUGCCGCAAAUCGAAUGAGACUAAAAAAAUCUCCAGGAUUAUAACUAUGAGCGGCUUUGACGAGCCAGAAUUUCAUCUAAAUUUGAAUAAAGAAUAAUGAAUAUUGGCAGAAAACACGUUACCAUCAGCAUCUUAACUAAAUCCACAAAACAUGUAUAUAUAUAUGUGUGUGUAUAUAUAUAUAUAUGUUUCAGUCAUCAGUCAAACCCCAGUGGGGAAGCAGGCAGCUGAUUGGAUGGCGUGAAGGAGACACUGUGUGGCCUUAAGGAGACGAGGAAGGAGGCGAAGGCGGUCCGCUCGUCCCUCGUCCAGCUGCUGAAACAGCUGCAUUGCGAGUGAACGGGAUUAUUUGAUGCUCUUCUCGGCAUCAUCAAAAAAAAAAACAUAAAAGAACGCGUGAAGUGGACGUGUGCACGACGGCGAGACGGUUCUGUGUGUUCAAAUAAUACUUUGGUUUUUUUCUUCUUCUUAUCCCUAUAUAUUGUUCACAUGUUAUUGGUCACAUAUUAUGUUUGAGAACUUGUUUAUUCGAGAGAAAAGAAAUGUACAAAACAAACAAAAUGCUAUUGAUUUUCUUUUUGUUUUGUUUCUCUCUGUUUUCAUUUCUUCAAAAUUGUAUGUAAUUAUUUUUCCACCGUAUCCAGAAAAUAAAAGAAGACAUGGCUUUCAUAAAAAAAGAAAAAGAAAAAAGCUAUAUUCAUUCUUACAUCUUA